AUGUGGUUUUGUUUAUUACUUCUAUUUAUUUCAUUUUGUGAUGGUGAAUAUUGUCAAAAAGAGAGUGAGAAUAGUAUUAUGUUUUAUGCAAAUUAUACAUGUACCAGUUCCAGUUUAACGUCAAGUGUAUUAACAGGAGAUUAUACUAAAUAUUCAUCAGUUAUUAUUUCAGUUAAUAAUAAUGGAAGUUUUUAUUUUGGUUCAACAAGUAAUACAUUUAAAGCAAGUAAAGUUAUUGUAAGAUUAGAAGAAGGAAAUAGUAAAAGUUAUUAUCUCAACUUUAGAAAUAUUGAAACAAAUUUUGAACUUGAAUUAAUCAAAAAUUCUUAUUCAUUUGAAAAAGUUCAAUUUACUUUCUAUAAUGGAAAUAGUCCAACAAGAAUAACUGGAGAUGUUGAUGGGUUGUUAGUUCGUGGAAAUGAUAAUAAUUAUUAUAAUUAUCAUUUGCCUAUUCAACGUACUUACUUCAAUUCAAUUCCUAUUAAUUUAAAAUUUAGUUCUAAUAAAGGUAUAUGGUAUUUAAUAUCAUCAUAUGAAGGAAUAAUCAAUAAAAUAACAUCAAAAUCAUCAAAUGAUAAAUAUUUCAGUCAGACAUGUGGUGGAAUGGUUCGUUAUUUUAGUUAUAAAAAUAUCGAAAUUCAUGAUAUAACAACAGAAUGUAAUCAUCAAUUUACAAAAGAUGAAGAAGAUGAUUUUAAUUCAUUUAUUGUUACUACUACUGUAUCUUUAUCUAAUUAUAAUUAUCAAAUAUCAUUAUUAACAAAUAAUUAUAUUAUUAGAAAUAAUGAUGAUUCAUCAAAGACUCGUGAAGUAUAUACAUAUCCUAAUCAAUGGUUAAAAUAUGAAUCAUCAAAUCAAGCAAUAUUCAAAAUUUAUAGAAAGAAAGAACCAUAUCAAAUAAUCAAAUUCAGUUUAACACUUGAACAAUCAAAUGAAGGAACAACAUUAAUUAAAGAAAUAGAAAAUAAUGAUAAAUCAAUUUCAACAGUAAUUAUUUCUUCUUCAAAACCUUUAUAUAUUUUAGAUGAUGUAAAAUUUUCAGAAACAACAUUAACAACAAAGAAAAGUCAAAUAAUGAUUAUUAGAAUGAAUGGUGUUAGAUUUAGUAAUGUUGUUAAUGAUUAUCAUUGUGAUAUAAUGAUUUACAAAGAAGAAACAAAAGAAUGUAUUCAAUGUGAAUAUGGAUAUUAUUUAAAUUCAAAUACAGAAUGUCAAUAUGAUUCACAUUGUAAUAAAAUAAAUAACCAAAAUCAUUGUAUUGAAUGUGAAUAUGGAUAUUAUCUUAAUUUAAAUACAAAAACAUGUGAAGAAUUCAAAAAUGGAUGUAAAAUUGGAAAUAAAACAUAUUGUUAUCAAUGUAAAGAAGGAUUUAUUAAAGAAAAUGGAGAAUGUCAAAAAAUUGAUAAUAAAUGUAAUAAAUCAGAAAGAAAUUAUUGUUUAAAAUGUUCAAAUGGAUAUAAAAUAGAAAAUAAUCAAUGUAAUGGAGAUAAAGAAGAUCAAUGUUAUUAUGAAGGAAAUAAAUGUGUAUCAUGUUCAAAUGGAUAUACAUUAAAUAAUAAAAAAUGUUCAAAUAAAGAAAAGAAUCAAAAUGGAAAGAAUGAAGAAAUAUAUUGUGAAAAUGGAAAAUACAUUGAUAAUAAUAAAUGUAUAGAAUGUUCAAAAUCAGAAAUAUGUAAAACAAAUGAUAUUGAAAUAAAAUGUAAAUAUGAAGAAUAUUUAGAUAAUAAUAAAUGUAUAAAUAAAACAUGUGAAGAAGAUAUGAUAAAAGAUCAAAAUGGAAAAUGUAAUAAUAAUAUUUCAUAUUGUUUAAAUAAAUCAUAUGUUAAUGGAAAAUGUGUUGAAUGUUUAAAUACAUAUUCACCUAAUUUGAAGGGAGAAUGUAUUAAUACAAAAAUAGAAUAUUGUGAAGAACAAAAUACAUAUGGAUGUAAAAGAUGUAAAGAAGGAUAUUAUUUAACAAAAGACAUGAAAUGUUUAAAAUGUGAUGAUAAAUGUGAAACAUGUUAUGGAACAUCUACAUAUUGUAUGAGUUGUUCUAAUGAUAAAUAUUUAAGAAAUGAUAAAACAUGUCAAUCAAAUGAAGAAUUAAAUGGAACAUGUUUACAAAUAUUAGCAGAUGGAAGUGGAUGUGGAAUAUGUAAGAAUGGAUAUUAUAGAAAUGGGAAAGGAUGUUCAAAAUGUGAGAAAGAAUGUUUAACAUGUAAUCAAAAAGAUAAAUGUAUAAAAUGUGGAGAAGGAUAUUUUAUGAGUUCAACAGGAAUAUGUAAAUCAACAACAACAAUUAAAGGAUGUAAAGGAGAAAUAGAUAAAGAAUAUGGAUGUAGAGAAUGUUUAACAGGAUAUUAUUUAAUAAAUAAAGAAUGUUCAAAAUGUGGAAAUAAAUGUAUAACAUGUUUAAAUGAGAAAGAAUGUAAUAAAUGUGAAGAUGAAUAUAUAAUAAUAAAUAAAGAAUGUAUUCAUUAUUCAAAUAUUAAUAAAUGUAAAGAAACAAAAAAUAAUAAAUGUUCAAAAUGUUCAUUUUGGUAUGGAAUCAAUGAAGAAGGAACAAAAUGUAAUAAAGAAAUAGUAUGGUGGAUGAUAAUGAUUAUUAUCAUCAUUAUACUUAUUAUCAUCAUUAUAAUAAUUAUAAUUAUAAUAAUAAUGAUUAAUUACAUUAUAAAACGCAAAGAAAAGAAAGAACAAGAGAAAACAACAACAAUAUUUAAAAUUUCACAAUCAAAUAUCAAAUUCAUAACACUUGGAGAUGGAAUAAUAACAAAUAAAAAAGAAAUAGAAAUAGGAGAAGGAGAAGAAAUUGAAGUAAAUAAAGAAAUCAGAGAAUUAAUAUGUAUUGGAAAUGAAAAGAAAGAAAAAAAGAAAAUACAAAUAAGUAGUAAAGAAGAAAAUGAAAAAUACUCAAUUAGAACAAACCCAAAUAUCAUUACAAUUGAAGGAGGAUAUGCAUGUGAAUUUGAAAUAUUCAUUACAAUCAAAUGUACUACUAAAAUUAAAGAACAAAUAAUGAUAAUUAGUAAAACACUUAAUAAAACACAAGAAGAAAUAAUAAA